UAAAACCUCCUUGUGUCAUGCCGCCAGCAGGGGUUGUUGCUUCAGAAAAGUGAAAACCCUUGUCUCUGAAACACUUGAACUGAAGCAUAAGCAUAGACAUUGCUGCAAGUGGGAGAAUGGGGAAGAAAUCAAAAGGGUCAAGAAAGGGUAAGAAGGCAUGGAGGGCUAACAUCAGCACCCAAGACAUCGAAGAUUUCUUCGAGAAAUCAACGAAGGACGCUCUUUCUGGUGGCUCUCUCCAAACCCUUCCCAGCGAUUCCCUCUUUUUUGAAGACAAGUCCAAAGAUAUUGCGGUGAAGAAGAAGAUCGAGAAGCACAGGGAGAAAGUGCUUCGUUGUGAUAGUAUACUACUGAAAAACCAGUUUGUUAAGCCAGUGCCAUCUUCUAUUCUGAAGAAGUGCUCUAAAAUUCGCAAUGUGGUCUCUAAGAUCAAAGAGGUCAACCAGGAUGAUGAUAAGGCUGAUUCUGCCAUGUUUGAUCUAUGGAGUGAUAAAGAUGGGGAUACCAACAAGUUGAAGAAGGUAUCAAAGCCUGCUCUUAUUCCAGCAGUAGAGGUUGAUCCUCCAGGCUGCUCUUUCAACCCCUCACAUGAAAGUCACCAGGACAUGUUAGCUUCUGCUGUUGCAGAGGAAAUGCAAAAAAUCUACAAAAAUGAAUUGGGCCCUGAACCAGUGCCAUUAACUGUUCCUGGUGAGGCUAUUGCUGAAGAAGAUAUGUAUUUUCUUGAUGUGGACGGUGGGAGUGAUGACGAUGAAAGUCUUCUUGAAAAUGAGGGUGAAAAUGAAGAAGCUGCAUCAGAGAAAAGGCCUAUUAAAACAAAGAGAGUAACAAGAGUUGAAUUGAAUAAGAGAGCUAGGUGGAAAGAACAACUGAAAAAAGAAGAAGAAACUAAGAAGAUAGUGGAAUUGUCGAAGGAAAUUGAUAGCAUACCAGAAAUCAUUGAGGAAAUUGAGCAAGAAGAUGAGGAAAAGAAGAGAAGACAUCUUAGGCGACAGGUGGCUAAACAAGAGAUGUUGAAGACACGCCCACCACGCUUAGGGAAGUACAAGUUUGAGCCUGGUCCUGUUCAAGUUUUAUUAAGUGAAGAGAUAACUGGAUCCAUUCGGAAACUUAAGGGUUGCUGCACACUUAUAAAAGAUCGAUAUAAAAGCCUAGAGAAGAGAGGAUUGAUUGUUCCAAACGGCAAAAGAAGGAAUUAGAGUUCUUCUUGUUGGCUCCCUAACUUAAGGUCACUCCAAAAAUUCCGCUGGUGUUGAUGUAUGGUAUAAGUGUUGGAUGAAACGCUUAGAUAGUUUUUCUGAAGGAAGUUCCUGUUUGUCCUGUGUUUGGCUUUAUUUUCACACAUCUUAUGUUGCUGUUAAAACCUCAGCAAAAUAUUUUUGUAUUUUGUUUAAUUUUAUUGGAAAGCAAAAUAUUUAUACGUCUGAGAACUCAUGUUUUUGCAUUGUCAUAUUAUAUAAUUUGUCCAGCGUUAUGUAAAUAUUUUAGAACUAUCAAUAUCCAAUUCAAUUGUUUUAUG